GAGGCUGAAAUAAAUUCCCAGUUUGUUGUAUCACUAUUCUAGUGAUUUAUUAGUUACAUCCUCUUCAUUAUUCUUCAUAUCAAAACCAAGAAACCCUCUUCAACCACGAGCAUGGAGUCUCCAACAUAUUGGACACAAGAGAAGCACAUGCAAUUCCUCAACACCAUAGAAGCCUCCUUUGUCCGCACCAUGCUCCAAAACAGCAUACACCGCCGCCGCUUCCUCCGCCUCGAUCGCCACCUCCCGGACGCCUUCGAUUCCACCCUCAACCACCGCCACCGGAACCGCAGUUGUGCCACAAAACAGAAUGCACGCUCAGUGGGUCUAGCCAUCAUCAGAAGAACAAAGAGAUCAUCGCUGUCGUUCAAUUCAUUAGAGGAUCAGGUGGUCCCACAAGUUGGAAACGAAGGUGAAGCUGCGUUAGUGAUAUCUUAGUGAUGAUCGUCAAAAAGAUAAAGUGGCAGCACAGAAUUAAUGUUUUUAUCUUCAAUCCGACUUGACUUUUUGUCAAAGUUUGUAUGUGAAGUUGUGAACUCUAAAGUCUAAAGUCUCUCUAUCUAGCUAGCUCUAAAUUUUCAUGAUCUUUUUAAAUUCAAUUUAAUUCAAUUGAAUGCGUGUCAUUUAAGAUAUAGUGGUGGCCUUGCCAUUAGUUUUCGGAGAUUGAAGCUUACGUUUUUUUAAUAUAUAGUUUGCUAUGGUUGAAUUGGAUUGAGUGUUUAUUAUUAUUUUAUUAUUA